AUGACCAAACCACAGCCCCUUGAGGUUAGGGCUAAAUCUGUGUCGUGGCUCGAGUUAUUUUCGCAGCAUGAACUGAACCUGAACAAUCAUCUCAAGAUAUGUGGGAUGGUAAAACAACAUGUUCUCACCGACAGCCCCACGUCCCGUGCCCUCUCGUCCAUGGUCGAUCGAACACGGGAACUGUUGAGACAGCUGGAGGACAUGCGGACUGAAUUUAUGCCGCAGCACCCAGCAAGUAAAAUCAUCUCUGGGAAAACCAUAAACAGAGUCAACGAGCUGAGGGCGAUGAAUAAAAAUGCGGACCCUUCUGCAUAUGGUUCUCUGCCCACGCCAUCCAGUGCGCAAGGCGAAUAUAUUCCAACUUGCCUUCCUGGAGAAGAUGCAGCUGGGGCACCGCCGCCACCCUUUGUAUUUGACAAGCAACCUGCCCAGGUAUCCCUCCCACAUCACCUGAAAAGGGCCAAAAGGCGUUUCUUGGACUACGAUGAGAUGGGUGACGGGGACGGCGAACUCACUGUGACAACUGGACCCGCUACUAAACGGAAGAAGCUCCUCUCAUCCGGUUGUGGUGAGGCUAGUGAUUGGGAGAAUGCGUAUGCGGCUACUACUACCCGUCGCGUGGAAACAGAGGAUAUAUCAGCAGAGGUUGAAGCGCGACUUAGAGAGAAAGAAGAGAGGCGCCGUCGCAGGGGAGAGAAGCGGGAGAUGAAGAGAAAGAGGAACUCCUCAGGCUCAACAUUUGGGGGAACUGGAGUGGGAAGCUCGCCGCAGCCCGGGGCCAAAAGAUCCAAGCUACGUUCAGUUGCCGGACAGGAGGGAGCCAUAGUGACUCCCCCUAUGACGGGAUAUGAGGAGAAAACACGCGAGAAAAGGAGAGGCUCUAGCGGAUAUCACGACGCCAGCAGCGACUACAGGGGAAGCUACGAUGGAGCAAUGCACAAGAGGCAGCGGAGGUCAUGA